GCGGCGCUGCUCAAGACAGCAGAGAGCAGCAGGAUUCACACAAGUCGAUCGCUGGUCCUCGUCCACUGCAGCAUCCCUGCGCUGGAUCGCGUCUCUCGCCAGGAGCUGGAUGGUGGCUGACCCCGCAGGGCCGCACUGAAGCCCCACGAUGACCCCUUCGAGAAGGCUCGGAAGGGUGAUGAACCCUGGUGUGGUCUUCCUCUUGGCGGCGGCACUGACAUCCCCUUCAGUGGUCGUGGCGCAGAGUGAGAACAAUUACGUGGAGCUGAAUGGACCCUGCGCCGGCUACAAGCCUGGAGAGGACGACCUGCAGGCCUUCGAUUUCAUUCGCAACUUUGCUCUGGAUCUGCCGGAGACCCAGUACCCUGGCGUGACUCGCGUCAGGGGCUCCAACAGGAUGCAGACUGCCUACAGACUCAAUACCAACGCUGACCUCCAACUACCCACCAGGAGUGUGUUCCCUCUGGGCUUGCCCGAAGAAUUCAGUUUUAUUUCAACGUACAGAGCACGCAGACUUCCUGGCGAUAGGUGGCACAUCCUGCGGAUGACCGACCUGCAAGACAGGCCCCAGUUCCUCAUUACCGUGCACGGCCGAAACAAGACGUUAGAGUUUUCUAUCGUCAACUACGAGGGCCGGUUGCAGACAUUAUACUUUAAAGAUCCUCCCAUAUUUGACAAGGAGUGGCACAAGAUCCACUUCGGUGUGUUCAGGGACAGGGUCGAGCUGUACGUCGACUGCCAGCGGACGCAGGAGCACAGCCUGCAGCCGAGAGGACCCAUCGACGCCAAUGGCAAAAUCGAAAUCUCCAAGAUGGCCAACGGCCGACGCACUGUUCCGAUUGAUUUGCAGUGGAUGGUGUUAAGUUGCGACCCGGAGAGACCACAGCGAGAGACGUGCGGCGAAAUUCCUAAUGCACCUAAAGCUGCCACGGGAUCCUGCGAGCAGACCGUGUGUCCUCAAGGACCACCUGGACUAAACGGCACCAACGGCAAAGAUGGGCGACCUGGUUCACCUGGCCUACGAGGACCAAUUGGGGUUCCGGGUUUCCCAGGGGACAAAGGAGAAAAGGGAGAAGCUGGAGUGCCAGGCGUAGCUGGCGAGCCUGGUGCUCAAGGACCACGAGGGAUCCCAGGCUCCAUUGGGCCCCAGGGCUUGGAAGGAAGAGCGGGUCAGAAAGGAGAAAGGGGCGACACGGGUUUAAAAGGUGACUUUGGUGAAAAAGGCGAAAGAGGAACAGAUGGCUUGCCUGGCAGAGAUGCAGUUGCAAUAGAGGGCGAACCUGUAGAAGGCCCCCCUGGACCUCAGGGACUGCCUGGAUUUAAUGGAGAGAAAGGCGAUAAAGGUGAAACAGGCUUUCGAGGCAGGGCUGGCACGAAAGGUGAAAAGGGAGACCAAGGUGAUCAGGGCCCUCAGGGUCUGACGGGGCCUGCAGGUCCACCGGGCACGCCGAGCUUUAUCAGCAACAAUGUUGACGCUGUGCCAGGCGAAAAAGGCUCUCAGGGAGAACGCGGAGAGCGAGGCGAAAGAGGGAGUAAAGGAGAUAAAGGAGAGAUAGGUGACGCAGGAAUAGAUGGCAAAGAUGGAUUACGAGGGCUGCCAGGAAAGGAUGGGACGCCCGGAUUUCCAGGAGAAAAAGGGGACAGAGGAGAUCGGGGACUUAUAGGCCCGCAAGGCCCAUUCGGCCCAGGUGGCCCACCGGGAGUGGCUGGACCUAUUGGACCAAAGGGUGAUGAAGGCAGAAAGGGUGAACCUGGACUGGAUGGGAAUCCAGGUGUGCCGGGAGCUGCUGCAGCUGAAGGGGAUCCAGGAAAACCUGGUGAUAAAGGUGACAAGGGUGAAAGAGGAGAGAAGGCCGACAAGGGCGAGAAGGGUGACUCAGGGUUGGCAGGACCUCCAGGACUCGUAGGUAUGCCAGGUCGGGAAGGACCGCAGGGCGAUGAAGGCAAAAGAGGCGAGCAUGGGGAAAAAGGUGAUCAUGGACAAAAAGGUUCACAAGGAAUUCAGGGACCACCUGGCAAGCCGGGAACUCCAGGCACUUCAGGAAAGCCAGGUUCAAAGGGGGAAGAAGGUGACCGUGGAGAGCCAGGUCCUCCAGGACAGAGAGGCUUGCCUGGUUUACCAGGAGCCUCAGGAGCUGUUGGUCAAAUGGGUUUGCCAGGCCCACCCGGAAAUCCUGGAAUCCCAGGUUCUGUAGGACCAGCAGGACCUCCUGGCGAGGUGGUUACCGUGUCUAACAGCAUUGUGGCAGAAAGCAAUAGCCUGCAAUCAAUGAUAGGUCCAAGAGGACCUCCUGGAGCUCCAGGAUCGCCUGGUGAACGUGGAGCAAAUGGGGAAAGGGGCCCAGAAGGACAGCCAGGAAUGCCAGGACUCCCAGGGAAAGACGGCCCUCCAGGUUUACCGGGACCGCCUGGACAAAGAGGUCAACCUGGUUUGCAUGGAGCUGUGGGACCACCUGGAAGAAGUUUUACUGAAGCAGAAGUCAGGGAAUUGUGCAUCAAUGUGAUAAGAGAGAGGCUGGCGGAGUUUACUGAGGAUAUUCGAGGACCCCCUGGUCCACCUGGUAUCGGUAGGAUUGGAAGACCUGGCAGAGUGGGGGUCAAAGGGAUUCCAGGUGAUCCAGGCCCAGCUGGCUUGCCUGGUGAAAGAGGGUUCACAGGCCUUCCUGGAGCGCAAGGGCCAGUUGGCCCGUUCGGGCCUCAGGGUGAAAAGGGUGAGAAAGGUGAGAGGGGUCCUGAAGGAGUCGGAAUAGAAGGCCCUCCAGGUCCUAGAGGGCACCCUGGAGAAACCGGACCGACGGGCGUUGGCUUGCCUGGCAGGGCAGGCGACAGAGGUGAACAAGGCAGACAAGGCUUACCUGGAGUAAGGGGUCCGCCAGGUCCUCAGGGCCCACCUGGAUUUUGUGAAUACUGCAACUAUGCCAACAGCAUCCAAGCCUCAAGACAAGACAGCAACUCCAAAGGACCGUAAAUAGGCAAUGACGCAAACUUAAAUAAUUCACAUUUCACUGCCAAGAACUCUUUAGCUACAACAGAGUGACGGGGUGGGUGGAAUUAAAUUAAUAAAUUUGCUAGUCCAAAAGCUAUGAAAGCAGGUCCUGAAUUUUGUACUAUGAUGGAAGCAUAAUUAUAUAUAAAUUGUAAUUGUUGAAUAAUGUAUUUGUAAUUUUGACAAAAUAAGUAAUUAAAUUUAAAACGUUGGAUGAAAACUUUUACUAUACGUGCAUGCAAGGACCAGAGUGCCAUAACCAGUGACGAGAUAUUAAAAAAUGAAUUUAAAAUUAUGUGUAAUAAAAGAACAUGACAGUAAAAUAUAGAUUAAUAAAAUCAAUCAAAAUGUCUCUUCGUA